UCCAAAUUCAAACAAUAAUUUAAACAACCCCUACUCUCUCUUUUUCUCACAAUUUUCCCAAAAUUUUAAUUUAAUUAAUUCAUUGUUUUGAUUUCACGAAGGAUCAAAUCUCGAUUCCGAUCUUGAAAUGGUGAGGAAGCGAGUGCCUGAUUGGCUCAACAGUUCGCUUUGGUCCACGACUCCCGCCGACGAUCGCCUGCACCUCAACUCCCCUUCUCCAGCCACCGCUUCCGCCGCCUUUUCCGAGCCGACUCCUCAGCCUCCGGCUCCAGUGCCUCCUCCUCCCGCCGCCGCCGCAGCCUCGAAACCUCAGUCCACUCCUGUUCCUCCAAAAUCCGAAACCAAGGAUCCAGUUAAUAAAAAUAGUAACCAGAAUAGCGGUGGUAAUGAUCGAAACGGCGGCUCAUCUGACGCUUCUCUCAACGAUAUCUCUCGCCAGGCUCAGCUCUUAUCCGAGUUGUCUAAGAAGGUGAUAAAUAUGUGGGAAUUGAGGAGGAUUGCGUCGCAGGGACUUCCCGAUGGUGCAGGGAUUAGAUCUACUGUGUGGAAGUUGUUGUUGGGGUAUUUACCACCUGAACGUGGGCAGUGGUCUUCAGAAUUACCUAAGAAAAGGUCUCAGUACAGGCAUUUUAAGGAAGAGCUCUUGAUGAAUCCUUCCAAAAUCACAAGGAGGUUGGAGAAGUCUUUGACUUGUGACAAUGAUGAAUCAAAAUCCGAGAGCAAGGGUCUGCUGUCAAGAUCACAAAUAACUCACGGAGAGCAUCCUUUGAGCCUUGGGAAAAGCAGUGUCUGGAACCAAUUCUUUCAGGAGUCAGAAAUCAUAGAACAGAUUGAGCGGGAUGUGAUGCGCACUCAUCCAGACAUGAACUUCUUCUCUGGGGACUCACAGCUUGCAAAAUCUAAUCAGGAUGCAAUGAGAAACAUAUUAAUCGUAUUUGCCAAGUUAAAUCCGGGUAUAAGAUAUGUUCAAGGAAUGAAUGAAAUCUUGGCACCACUAUUUUAUGUAUUCAAGAAUGACCCUGAUGCAGAAAUGGCGGCUGCUGCCGAAGCUGACACAUUCUUUUGUUUUGUUGAGUUAUUGAGUGGAUUUCGUGAUCAUUUCUGCCAACAACUUGACAACAGCAAUGUGGGAAUUCGUUCCACAAUUUCUAGGUUAUCUCAGCUUCUGAAGGAACACGAUGAAGAGCUUUGGCGUCAUCUUGAGAUCACAACCAAAGUCAACCCCCAGUUCUACGCAUUUAGGUGGAUUACUUUGCUCUUGACACAGGAAUUCAACUUUGCGGACAGUCUCCACAUAUGGGACACGCUUCUUAGUGACCCUGAAGGCCCUCUGGAGACGCUGCUACGCGUGUGCUGUGCGAUGUUAAUUCUCAUUCGUAGGCGCCUGCUGGCUGGUGAUUUCACUUCUAAUCUCAAGCUACUACAAAACUACCCGUCCUCAAACAUCAGCCAUUUGCUGUACGUCGCGAACAAGUUGCGCACACAAGCCAUAGGCUAAAACGCGUUUAGAAUUCGUGUUUUUUUUUAUCAUUGGCCCAUCCCCCUCGAACCCUUUUGCUCUUCGAUUCGAAAGAGAAAAAGAAAAAAAAGAAAUCAGUGCUUGUAACGUAAAUUGUUUUGGGAGAAACAGCUAACAUGCAGGUAGAGAAUAACUUCUCUUUGUUUCCGUUUCAUCAGAGCUGUGUUUGAAAGUGAAAAUUAUGUAGCUUUUGUCU